UCCAAACUAAGCAGUUUACCUUCACCGAAGCUUGAUUAACAUUUUGGGCAAGUAGGUACAUGGGUCUUUUACAAAUAAGUCAUCUGCUAUAGAUAUAAAGGAUGACAGACUAACCAACGCGUUACAUUCUUUUGAAUAGUCACCGUUGCAAGACCAAAUCUAAAAAUGAAACUGUUGAUCGUGCUGUGCCUUGUGGCAGUCGCGGUUGCGGCCCCACCUCCACCUACCUACAACAAUUAUAACGCUGAAAUCCUCCGCUAUGAAAAUGACAACAUUGGUCUCGGUAACUACAGAUACGCUUUCGAACAAUCUGACGGCACCAAACAAGAGCAGCAAGGAGAGCUCCGUAAUGCAGGACUUGAGAACGAAGCCAUCGCUGUCAAGGGUGUCUACUCCUGGAUUGCCCCUAAUGGCUACAGGUACACCGUUGUCUACACCGCUGACGAUGAAGGUUACAAAUCAGAAAUCGAAGAGGCACCCGGUGGCGCACCACCAGCGCUAGUAGCUUCCCUUCUUGGUUAACUUCAACGCCCUCCGUUUACCUAGUCCACAUCGUAAUUUAGCUAUUAUCUAUUUGUAUGUUGUUAUCAAUAUAAAAAAGUAUCCAA